AUGGUUAUCCUCGCUGACUGGGAGGGAAAACAGUAUCUCUUCGUCUAUGGAGUUUUCGGCGUCCAGCAUGGUAUUUCUCUGAACGACAGCAAGAAGGCCAUCAUUGAUGAGCUACACAGGCUUUUGACUGCAUCAGCAGGACAAGUGGAUAUGCUCGUUGACGAGAGCCAUGAUCUUGAAGCUGAACAUAAGCCACAUACCACGACCUUUGUCACUUACUGGCUCGACGUCAAAACAUACGAGUCGUGGGCUGCUUCAAGCCUUGUGCAACAUUUCUGGACCAAUCUCGCCGAUGAUGCUGGAGUCUGGCGCGAAAUUAUGACGGUCCCGACUUCGCGAUACAUGUAUGCUGCCAACCAAGAUCUUCGCUGGGGUCUCACAAGUCUCAUCGACAACCUGCGAGCAAGUGAUGACGAGGGCUACUGGGGCGUUUAUCGGCAUAGGAUCGGGUCCAAAGAUGACACGUUCACAUCGCCCUACGUGACAGCCUCGAAAGUGAAGAAUGCUCUGAACAGUCGCAUCCUCGACAUUCCAGCGACGGGUCCACGAAAUUCGAAUGAAGUUAGACUUGGCCGUGUGCGCGUAGAUGGCGUCCCUAACAACAUCUGCUUUGUUCGAGAAGGACAACGCCAGCCAAACGUUGCUCAAGAGGAGCUAGAUCUCUGGCUCGAGAAAGUCUCGCCACACGCGAAAUUCUGGAUUGAACACCUUGAUUCGCAUCGUGAGAAGAACGGUGUGCUUGCAUUUUCGACUCACGUCAGCCAGCAAUCGAAGCUGAACAAUUCCGAUGCUGCCGAGACCGAUCAGCUAGCAUAUUUUCUUGACCUUGCUCACUUUGNNGAAGCAUCCGGACGUGCUUUCAAAGGCCAUGUACAGCUGCGGAAGACUGUCAUGGAGCUGUAUGGUCCGGGUGGUCCCCUGGAGGGUAUCGGCAAGGCGGAAUUGUAUGUGGAGCUACUGAUCCUGAAGUCGAACGAGUUUCAAGCUGAGUAUAUCGGAUGUCUAGAAGGGACUGGACUGAUGUAUCUGCAAAAUGUUUAG